CGGGCUUUCUCCGCGCUCCGAGCUGCCGUCGGCGUGCUCCCUUGCCCCGCCCUGGUUAAUGUGAAGCCUACCGGCCAGGCCUGCGCAGUUGCGGCGGCCGGGGAAGAUGGUGGAGGACGGCGCGGAGGAGCUGGAGGACUUGGUGCAUUUCUCCGUGUCGGAGUUGCCUAGUCGUGGCUACGGCGUCAUGGAGGAGAUCCGGCGGCAGGGCAAGCUGUGCGAUGUGACUCUCAAGAUCGGGGACCACAAGUUCAGUGCCCACCGGAUUGUCUUAGCAGCCUCCAUCCCGUACUUCCAUGCUAUGUUUACUAAUGAUAUGAUGGAGUGCAAACAGGAUGAGAUUGUAAUGCAAGGAAUGGACCCAAGUGCCCUGGAGGCUCUCAUCAACUUUGCUUACAAUGGCAACCUUGCUAUAGACCAGCAAAAUGUGCAGUCACUGCUGAUGGGGGCAAGCUUCCUGCAGCUGCAGAGCAUCAAAGACGCUUGCUGCACGUUCCUCCGAGAAAGACUUCACCCCAAAAAUUGCCUGGGUGUGCGCCAGUUUGCCGAGACGAUGAUGUGCGCUGUGCUAUAUGAUGCGGCCAACAGCUUCAUCCACCAGCACUUUGUGGAGGUGUCUCUGUCUGAAGAGUUCCUGGCCCUGCCCUUGGAAGACGUGCUUGAGCUGGUGUCUCGGGAUGAGCUGAAUGUGAAGUCAGAGGAGCAGGUUUUUGAAGCUGCACUGGCCUGGGUCAGAUACGACCGGGAGCAGAGGGGACCAUGCCUGCCAGAGCUCCUAUCCAAUAUCCGCCUGCCUCUCUGCCGGCCCCAGUUCCUAUCAGACCGAGUGCAGCAAGAUGACCUGGUGCGUUGCUGUCACAAGUGCAGGGACCUGGUAGAUGAAGCAAAGGACUAUCACCUCAUGCCAGAGCGCCGGCCCCACCUGCCAGCUUUCAGGACUCGGCCCCGAUGCUGUACAUCCAUCGCUGGGCUCAUCUAUGCCGUGGGGGGCCUCAACUCAGCAGCAAAUUUUUAUGCAGGUGACUCCCUGAAUGUGGUGGAAGUGUUCGACCCCAUCGCCAACCGCUGGGAAAAGUGCCAUCCCAUGACCACAGCCCGCAGCCGUGUGGGUGUGGCUGUGGUGAACGGGCUUCUCUAUGCUAUCGGGGGAUAUGACGGUCAGCUGCGGCUGAGCACUGUGGAGGCCUACAAUCCUGAGACGGACACAUGGACCAGAGUGGGGAGCAUGAAUAGCAAGCGAAGUGCCAUGGGGACAGUCGUGCUGGACGGACAGAUUUACGUCUGUGGAGGCUACGAUGGCAAUUCUUCCCUCAACUCUGUGGAGACCUACUCACCUGAGACGGACAAGUGGACGGUGGUGACUCCAAUGAGCUCAAACCGCAGCGCCGCUGGGGUUACAAUCUUCGAGGGCAGGAUAUACGUGUCAGGUGGCCAUGAUGGUUUGCAGAUCUUCAGCACUGUGGAACACUACAACCACCACACGGCCACCUGGCACCCAGCAGCCAGCAUGCUCAACAAGCGCUGCCGACAUGGCGCCGCCUCCCUGGGAAGCAAGAUGUUUGUGUGCGGGGGCUAUGAUGGCUCUGGCUUCCUCAGUAUUGCCGAGAUGUAUAGCUCUGUGGCAGACCAGUGGUGCCUCAUAGUACCUAUGCACACGCGCCGGAGUCGGGUCUCCCUUGUGGCCAGCUGCGGGCGCCUCUAUGCAGUGGGCGGUUAUGAUGGACAGUCAAACCUAAGCUCGGUGGAGAUGUAUGACCCAGAGACGGACCGCUGGACAUUUAUGGCCCCCAUGGCGUGCCAUGAGGGAGGGGUUGGUGUGGGCUGCAUCCCUCUUCUCACCAUCUAGGAGAGGGUGGGAUGUGGUGGGUUAGGGAUCUGGUACAAGCAUAGGCGCUUCCUUCCAGGGGCAAGUUCUCUCAGAAGAGGCAGUGGUGGACCAGAAGAUGGGGUAAAAUGCGAGCCUGCCAGAGGGACAGUGUCUCCAGGUGCUUACGUCCUCCCUUACUGUGCUGCCUUGUGACCUUAGGUUAUCAAGAUGCACAGCACAGGACAGAAGCCCCUCUGAGUCCCACAGCCAGUGACACGGAAGUGCUUUGCAGGUUCCAUCCAAGGCCAGUGUGCACAACUACAGUGCUGGCCCAGCUCCCACUUGCCACAGUGCUGUGAGUGCCCCCGUGCAGGUGGCCUUCCAGCCGACUCCUCCUCACCUGCUUGUCUGCAGCCAUGUUGUGGCCAACUUGCCGUCGGAAGCAGCAGUGUUGAAGCCCAUUGGAAACCGGGGUAAGGCUGGGAGAGGAAGGACGCCCUGGUGUUGUGACUGCCGGGGCAGCUACAGCAGCAUGCUGUAUGCGCACACGCUCUUCCUUCCGUCGUGGGGCUCAGAGGAUGUCGUCCCUGUCUCAGCAAGCAGGGAGCCAGAAGUCUUCCCAGUGCCUGAUGUUUUGGGAACUCAGUGAGGUCUUUCUUUGCUUGUCCCAGAGAACCAGGAGGGGAAUAGAGAUGUUUGAAAGAAACCGGAGGAAAUGGAAACCAUAAAGAGAAGCUGGAAGGAAAAGACUUUUGUAAGAGAACGUUUCUCACGAAAAGAAAACAAAAGAUACUAAAAGCAAUUAUACAUUAAAAUGGAAAACCAUCAAAGAUGACAGCAGUGGGAUCCACUCCCACAUUCGGGUCCCAGGGUCCCGAGCCCUCCUAAAGCAGUUGGGGUUCCCUCUGAGCUCCCACUGUGUCUAAAGUCAGGACAUUCCUGACUGGACCUUGUCAAGGUGCUCACCCAGUGUCAGAGGCUUAGGGAUCUGGCUGCAUUACUGCCACCCAUCUCUACAGGAGCUCCAGGGUUCGCUGGAGACUCCAGGCGCCCCUGUGAUUAUUUCCACUGCCACCCAGCGCUCCUUCAGAUCCCCACUCCCACAUCCAUUCCUUCCCUCUUUGGCCAGCCGGAAAUAGCCUGUCUGGCCAGAUCCGCACUUACCCAUCAACUGUCUUUGAAUAACUCGUCUGAUGUUUCUGAGGCACAUUGGCUGUUUGUACCUCUCAGACCUAACCAGGGGCUUUCUCCUACCAGCCAUGGACUACCUUGGUCAGGUGUGCCCUGCCAUUGCCCUGUUUUUCCAUCCACUCGCCUGCCCCGGGGUGGGUGGGGAGGCCACCUUCCCCCCAUCCCUUAGCAGACUGACCAGCAAGGUGGGCCUCUACAUUCAAGCAACGCUGGCUUUAUGAUAUAAAGACCUAAAGACUAAAAAAAGUCUUUUGCUGCUGCAAAGAAGAUAUUUUAUAUUUCUUCCUCUGAUCUUGGCAGACGACCUCGUGAAGAGACUCCAUGCUCCUUCCUCCUCUGGAUGGGACCUUACCGUAGCACAGAAGGGCCCAGAGAGGAGGUUUUUCUAUUACCAGUGCACUGGGCAGUGGGGCUGGCCUUCAACUGCUGCUGCCAAAAUCUGCUUUUCUAAAGUUCUUCCAGUAGAGACUAGAAGGGUACAAUUACUUUUAGCCCCAAACUGGGCCUAAGGGUCCCACUCUCCACCUGAUUGGUUUCUUGCCCAUUGCUGCCUGCCUGGGGCAGCCUAGAAGCCAGUCCCAAAGGCACAAUGUGAAGCCUGGGGCAUCCCUUACCCCAGACGGUCCAGUUUACCAGUGUGUGCAAUAGCCAUGGAUUCAGGAGGAAGGACUUUUGUUCCCUGCGACUUAAGAGCUGGGCCUCUGCUAUAAGCACUUGAAAAUCAUGUUUUUAUGUUUAAAGACUGAACAAUCUGAUAACGGAUACACGUUUAACUAGGCUCCCAGUGGAAUGCCAGCCUUUCUUCCCGCCCCUCAGUUUGCCUGCUGAAAUAGAGUCUGAGGGGGCCACGGGUCUCGGUCUUCUGUUGGUCCUGUCAGCAGGCGUGUAUCUGUGCUCAUCUUAAGUCCUUUCUUCUGUGAAUGGACCGCACAGCCUUGACUGCGAAGGUGCUGAGAACUGGUCAGUGAGCUCACAUGGGGACAGCUCCUUGUGAUGCUAGCAGACAGCAUUCCUGGAGACGACACAUCUUCCCCCGUCUGCUGCUGUUGGAUUAACCGCCCUGAGUCCACUCCCACCUCCUAGAGCAGCAGAUACGCUGUGCACGUAGAGAAAGGUCAAGUCAGUGUUUAACGUGGACUCUGAGCACACUUGAGCAAACAGGAGCAUUUCCAUACAUCCCAGUCUGAGGGCAGGUGGCUGGGCCGACUCUCUAGCAUUAGAACAGUAGGAUCAUGGGAAAACAGACAUCAGCAAAGGACAUGGUGGAAAGGAUGUAACAAGGAGAUAGGUCAAACAUACCUGGUGGACACAGGGUUGGCCACUGUCCUUUCUCAUUUCCCAUGCAUGGUUCUUCUGAGUUUCAUCGAAGAUCACAAGCAGAAGAGAGCUGAAGACCAGCUUCCUGGUGGAGCAUAAAGAUGGAAAGAAAUAGGAAUCCUGUCCCUCUUCACCCACAGUUGUUUCACAGGAAAUUUUUAUUUAUAGAACGCAUGUCUUUUGUGUUAAGAAACCAAAGAAAAAUAAAAACACUCCUAAUA